CAAUUAAAAAUUAAUUAAAUUUUAUUUAAGAGCGUUUUGAGCUUCAAUAGCUAUAAAACAAGCAAUUAUUUAGUAUAGAUGCUCCGACAGCUCCGAUCCGCUUAUUUUGUUUCCCGCCAAAUGUUUUCGAGGGCUCGUGGGGUUCGUGUACGGUGGUUGCGUCGGCUGAGUUCGGUGUGAUUUGCGUUGUUCUAAGAACUGCGCUGGACACGAGGUACGCGCGUCGGCGGACUCGAGCUUGCUGCUGCGUCGCUAGAGCUGCUUUCAACGGUUGUUCGGUGCACGGCUACGCGUGCGCCGGGCAUGCCCCGCUGACUCGUCGUCUCGGGCAAGCGAGUCCGCUUCUGGCCGCGGUAGCAGCCGCCCGGCUGACAGUGCCUGCUCGCUGAGCUCAGGAUGGCCAAAGUGCACGUGUGCAACGUGGUCGUUCUCGACAACCCGUCGCUGUUCCUCAACCCGUUUCAGUUCGAGAUCACCUUCGAGUGCAUCGAGGACUUAAAGGAGGAUCUCGAGUGGAAGAUCAUCUACGUGGGCUCCGCGGAGAGCGAGGACUACGACCAGAUCCUGGAUACGGUGUACGUGGGUCCGGUGCCGGAGGGCAGGCACAUGUUCGUCUUCCAGGCGGACCCGCCGGACCCGAGCAAGAUCCCCGUGCAGGACGCGGUGGGGGUGACGGUGGUGCUGCUCACCUGCUCCUACCGGGGCCGAGAGUUCAUCCGGGUGGGGUACUACGUGAACAACGAGUACGCCGACCCCGACCUGAAGGAGAACCCGCCCUCCUCCCCGCAUUUUGACCGGUUGCAGCGCAACAUCCUGGCCACGAACCCCCGGGUGACCCGCUUCAAGAUCGACUGGGACGACAACCCCGGCGUGGACAGCGUGGCCACAGACGCGUCCUCCUCCGCCGCCGUGGCCGAAGACAACAGCAUCGGUCCCCUGCUGAGGGCCCCGUUACUGCUCAACGACAGCAGCCACAGCAUGGAGGUGGCCUGAUUCACCGGGGGGCAGCCACAGCAUGGAGGUGGCCUGAGUUACCGGGGGGGGAGUGCGCCCCAGGACUUUCUCGCGGGUCCUCUUCCGAUCCGCGUGCUCGUGUACUUUUUACUCAACGUCCGUCGGCCUUUGUGAAAUGAAGUGUUCUUUCGUA